AUGGGUGAUGUUGAAAAGGGCAAGAAGAUUUUUGUUCAGAAGUGUGCCCAGUGCCAUACUGUGGAAAAGGGAGGCAAACACAAGCCUGGACCAAAUCUCCAUGGUCUAUUUGGGCGAAAGACAGGUCAGGCCCCUGGAUUUUCUUACACAGAAAGAAAGAACAAAGGUCUCACCUGGGGAGAGGCUACACUGAUAGAGUAUUUGGAGAAUCCCAAGAAAUACAUCCCUGGAAUAAAAAUGAUUUUUGCUGACAUUAAGAAGUGUGCAGAAAGGGCAGACUUGAUAGCUUAUCUCAAAGAAGCUACUAAUGAGUAA